AUGUCUACGCGACAGGCCGCACUGUCCCUGUAUCGCAGGUCGCUGCGACUCGCUCUAGACUGGGCUGUCCAGCGCCAACUGUGGCGAGGCCAAGCCUUGUACAUACGUUCGUUAUUCGAAGCGAAUCGCCAUGUCACCGAUCCCAGACAACAAAGGGCACUGCUCUCCGAGACCGAAAAACUCCUAACCGGCUGGAAACACCCAGAUCCCUAUGUCCCCCCGACGGCCCCUGGAGGAUCGAAAUACGAGAGAAACCUGCCAUCCCCAGUUUUGGAUCCGCCGCCACACCCGGCCAACGGACAUUGA